UUUCGGUUGGGUGAGCCGAAAGAGUUGACUUGGCUGAUGGUCUAUCGGUCAAUCAUGCAGCCGAGGCCGGUGUGGGCGUCGUCGCCGCCUCCAAAUCCCUUUCUUGAUCCUACUGCAGAAGAAGCAAUCCUUCCCCAGCCUCCCAGGAAUCAACCGGCAACGGGCAGGGCAAUUUCUCAUCCCCCUAAAGCACAAGGAGGUACAAGAGAAGUGGCCAAGCAAUGUUUCAGAGCCAGAUGGCCAGGCCACCAUCCUUCAGAGGUUCACUCAAAGCCCUCGAAGCUGACAUAAACCAUGCCAACACCUUGGCAGAUGCUAUCCAAAGGGCUUAUGGUGGUGCAUGUCUCCAGAUGAGGUUGUCUUAUAGCCCCUUGGCACCCUUCUUUCUCUUCCUAAUGCAGUGGUUGGACUGCACUUGUUCUUACAGCCUACCGCGCAAUUUGGGGCUUUUUCGAGUUCUUGUCCACAAGGUCUAUGUUGAUGAUAUGACAACAGUAUCUACUUUCGAAAGGCGAGCUAGCAUUAGAGAGUUCUACGCUAUUAUAUAUCCCUCCCUUCGACAACUCGAAAGCAACUUGGUCGAAAGAGCACGAUCUAAGAAGGGCCGAGCUGAAGAGGUAGUUGUCAGGAAAAGGAUGGAACACUGGAAGAAGUUUUUUGAUAGGGAAUUGGACAGAGACGACGAAUGUGGAAUUUGUAUGGAGCUUUGCACCAAAAUGGUCCUGCCGAACUGCAACCAUGCCAUGUGCAUAAAAUGCUACCGUGACUGGAAUGUGAGGUCUCAGUCCUGCCCCUUCUGUAGGGGAAGCAUAAAAAGGGUGCGGUCAAGAGACCUAUGGGUGCUUACAAACAAGAGCGAUGUGGUCGACACCAUGACUUUAGAAAUGGAUAACCUGAGGCGCUUCUAUUCCUAUAUAGAUAGUUUGCCGCUGAUCAUUCCAGACACCCUUUUCUUGGUUUAUUAUGAUUAUGUAGUAUGAUCAGGAGACCUAAGGAGAAUGGUGUACAGAUUGCUGGAAAGCUGACCAUUCCAUUCCUUAUGGAUUGGGUCUGGUAAGAAAAGAGCUCUUCCGACCUCACACUUCAUUUGUUCCAAUUGUGAAGUAGAGUACCAUUGUAAUUCUCCUAAGAAUAAUUGCAUAUAAAAUGAACGUUUUAAGGCACAUUGUUAAAGAACACUUUGUAGAAGAAAAACAGAAGGAAAAGAAAAGGUGGAGUUCAGUAUA